CAAAAUCAUUCUGAAUUUCUUGAUAGUAUAAUACAUCGUCUCUAAAUGAAUACUCCAACUCAAUCUUUCGCAGCUAUAUUUUCUCUUCUUCUGCUUUCAUGCAUGCAAUGCCAUGCACAACUUUCGGCGACGUUCUAUGAUAAUACUUGCCCUAAUGCACUCAACACGAUUCGUACCAGCAUCAGGCAAGCAAUUUCAAGUGAACGUCGCAUGGCUGCUUCGCUCAUUCGCCUUCAUUUUCAUGAUUGCUUUGUUCAGGGUUGUGAUGCUUCGAUCUUACUUGAUGAGACCCCUUCGAUCGAAAGUGAAAAGACUGCAUUGCCAAAUCUUGGGUCCGCAAGAGGUUUUGGAAUCAUAGAAGAUGCAAAGAGAGAGGUGGAAAAGAUUUGUCCCGAGGUGGUUUCAUGUGCUGACAUACUAACUGUUGCAGCUCGCGAUGCAUCAGCAGCU